UCCCUAAGGUUAGGAAUUACUCAAGAGUUUGAAUUACUUCAAUUCCAGCACAGGCUCAUGGGUUUGAUGGGUUUCAGUAUCACUUAAAAUAAUGCCCUAACCUCUGUUUAUUAGGUGGAGUGAGAAGUAGGUUCUAUCUGUGUAUUAGGAGUGAGUGAGAGAUAGUUCGAGGAGAGCAAAUGAAAAUUUCUGUUUAUCAGCUGGAAUAUCUCGGAACUUCUGAAACUGAAUACAAGGUUACAGGUGAAGGUCAUGGUGAAAUAAAACAGUGUCCACUUCCACCAAUCAGAAUACAGUUUAUUAAAGAGAAUCAACUUGACCAAGUGGGUUCUGCAGCCCAAAGAUUCAGCACCGCCAAUGUGUACACAACCUAGACUGAACAUCCGUGGUUUUUAAAGCAACAGUUUCCAUCCACAUUAGAACUCUGGAUUGUGGGUGAAUUUUAACUCAAGAUUUUAUUUUCAAUGAUUCUUCAUGUACAAUGAUUUUAUAUAUAAUAUUGUAAAGAACGAGUAAAAGAUCACUGCAUUGAGGCUGCGUCAUUUCAAUGACCUUUGAUUAAUCCUAUAACUUUGCGACGGGUUCAGUUUAAAUCGUAUUUUUCAGCCCCAUAAAGUUAGGAGAAAGCUAGAAAUAUGGGGCGAUUGGAUGAGCAAGCCAAACACAGGAUCGUGAUCUUGAGGAAAGCCGGAUUAAGCUUCCGUAAGAUAAAGAAAGUUCUUGAACUGGAUAACAUUAAGGUGACGCCGCAAGCCAUCUAUCUGUUCCUUAAAAGAAAGAAAAUUGAGCCUGAUAAGUCUUCACCUGCCUCCCAGCCCCAAACCAUUUCCCCCAGAGUACAGCCAUGGGGGGACCGUCAGCCUUGGACUCCCUGUCAGGAGACUGGGCAGAAGCCAAUCACUACAGAGAAUAAACUCAGUGCAGGACACAGGCCAACGCAAGUGGUCAACCAGGAAGAAGGAAUCAAGAUAGUGAGUGUGACCUCUCUGUCCAAAAGUAACCACGCCUUUCAGGCGACUUCCAGCAACCAGAGACUGAUAUCCCAAGGGCAGAUUCCGACGGAAACGCUUAAUAGACCACAACCAACACAGUGCCUGCCGGUGGCUCCUCCACAGCUUCAUGGAAGAGCAAGAACUCCUGUCCCUGCCCCAAGGAAUCCAGCCUUACUUGUAACUAAGAAGAUAGUGGAUCGAGCUAUCCACCUUCAGAAAAAGGUUAAUGUUCAGAAUGGAGCCCAAAUAGUUGUUAAUGGAACACAUUACCCAGUCAGUACCUCUGCUGCCAGUCGUUCCCCCAGUAUAAGAGCAGUCUCUGUACCUUCCAGACAGGUGAAAGAUGCCAGCAUACAGACUGCAUUGUCCUUUCCCCCACCAAGACCAUCAGUGAGUGCAGAACAACUGGACAGUGUAAGAGGCGACAUUCACAGACUGACACAGGCCGUACACACUCUAAUGGAGCGCCAGAAUCGCUGGGAACAAGAACAACACCGGCAGCAACAGAGCAACCACCAGGAGCUGCUGCAGCAAAUUCAGCAAUUGGGAGCCACCUUAACAGCCAAGGCUGCGCAAAACUGCAGCACUUAUGCGACUGGCGAGCAAAUGGAGGCAACACUCCCUGAUUUUGGACCGUUUAAAAUGGAACUUUUGUAAAGUGAACUGACUGGACUGCUGUAGGUUUCAAGCCUUGAUUUUGGCAGCACAUUGCUGAACUGGAUUAUACUAUGAGUAGAACAGAUUACACGUUAUAUGCAGUUUCUCUAAUAAAAUUGUCUUUACAAAUUUACAAAAAUA